AUGAUUCCCUCAUCGCCGGAUUUUCUGUCUUCCUUUGAUCCCGCUCUCCAUCUUCAUUCCGAAUCCCACAGCUACUCGCCGAACCUACCUUCCGAGUCUUUCUCCGAGGAUCUCGAGGCUAUUCAUUUUCAUCGCCUCGAGCAAACUCGAAAUAAAGUGGUGAUCCAGCACCGAGCGUGGAAUUUGUCUGAUGUUUUCCGCAGUGACGACGACAUAAAGCCUGAUACCCCGACAAAGGCCUGCCCUGCGACACCGCGCCGCAACGCGCUGAUCAAAGCCUGGGACACAGAUUUUAUACCAUCUUCUCCUCCGGUGUCAAUUAUGCCGUUCAUGACAACACCGGGGUCUGCCAUCCUGGGAGACUCGGACGCCAAUGCGCAGAAGCGCAAAAUCGCCGAUACCGAGGAGAACGCAUCUCAGACAGAACUCAAAAGGCCCAAAUUUGUCGGUGGUUUUGUCGACGAGGAUGACGAGGAUGAAGACGAUGAGGUAGCAGCGAUGCGGGAUGAGCAUUUGAAGAGUCAAUUCGAGCUGCAAGAGAACACCCAGCCGGCACUAUUCAAUGCUUUGCCUUUGCGGAAUGAAUCACUCAAUUUGACACCUGUUGCUCUACAAAUGGGAGACAGUUCCGGAGCCACGGACAUUCCGCAGCCUGAAGUCACGUCAGAGACCUCCGCCGAGCCGACCAAGUUUCAGAUUAAGACCUGCAACGGCAAAACGCACCAUGCGCCUCUUCGAACCACGGCGGUUCCCAUUUCAUAUGAGCAGAUGAUUGCCAGCCGAUCAGAGACCGAUCCUGGGCGGGCGAAACGCAGCUACUACGGCAUCGAGAUUCACAAGUUGAUGGAUGAGGCUGCGAAAGAAACGAAAGCGGCCAGAGAAGCACCACGACCCUCUCUCCCCGUGGAGAAAUCUAUUGAAGCUGCAGAAGUGAAUGCAAAGCAGAAGAAAUUGGAUUCCAUGAUGUGGACGGAGAAAUACCGCGCCCGCAAAUUCACAGACCUGAUCGGUGACGAGCGCACACAUCGUGCGGUUCUUCGUUGGCUGAAAGGAUGGGAGCCGAUCGUCUUUCCGGGCUUGGCUAGGUCGAAUAAGGUCAAGAAGACUGGCCAAGAUGGAGAAGACGAGGAGCGCAUGCACCGCAAGGUGCUCCUCCUGAGCGGGCCGCCGGGGCUUGGCAAGACAACGUUAGCCCACGUGUGUGCAAAGCAGGCCGGAUAUGAGGUUCUUGAGAUCAACGCCAGUGACGAACGCAGCAGAGAUGUAGUCAAAGGCAGAAUUCGCGAUGCUUUGGGCACGGAAAACGUCAAAGGCGCUAAUGUGGAGGUUGGCGAAAAUAAAGUCCGCCGUGCUGCCAGGCCAGUAUGUGUUGUGGUGGACGAAGUUGAUGGCGUCGUUGGGGGCGCUGGCAGCGGUGGAGAAGGAGGUUUUAUGAAAGCAUUGAUUGAUUUGGUCAUGCUCGAUCAACGAAACGCUCGGUAUGCCGCGGAAAACGGUGGCAAGUCGACCAAGAAGCGCAAAGGCGAUACCUUUCGCUUUCUUCGACCAUUGAUCUUGGUUUGCAAUGAUCUCUAUCAUCCUAGUCUUCGUCCGUUGCGCGCAUCAACUAUUGCGGAGAUGAUUCACGUUCGACAAGCACCACUGGAGAACGUCGUGCAACGUGUCAAGAACAUCUUUGGACGUGAGGGUAUUCCAUGUGACAACGAUGGGGCUCGUAGGCUUUGCGAAGCCGCUUGGGGUCUAGAAACUAGGAGGAAACGCAGUUCCAAGACUAGCGGAUCUGCCGAGGGCGAUAUUCGAAGCGUGUUGGUUGCCGCUGAAUGGGUCGCCCACAAGCUUCGGAACGAGAAUCUGUCGUCUCUACGUCUGACUCGGAAUUGGCUGGAACGCCGAGUACUUGGUGCUUCCACGGAAGGUGGGAGCUUUUUCAAGGAGAUGAGCCGUGGAGGUGUUCGAGAGAUUGUCAACCGGGUUUUCGCCGAAAAUGCAGGAUUCACUGACGCCCCGGCUGGAUUAUCCUUCCAGGACAAGUUUGACAGCUCGACGAGUCGUGUCCCGGUAGGUGUGGCAGACUUGCGGAAACGACACGCUCUGAAUCGACUCCGGGAGAUGGUGGAUUCGAGUGGCGAACAUGACCGUUGUGUCACGGACUGCUUCGCUGUCUAUCCUCACCAGCAGUAUCGAGAUGAUAACUUUCUCACCAAACCCACCCAAGCUUAUGACUGGCUCCACUUCCACGACAGUAUCUCGAUGCGAGUGCACUCCUCUCAAGAAUGGGAGCUUGGCCCUUAUUUAAGCCAGUCUACACUCGCCUACACUCGCUUCCACCAUCUUUUUGCCUCUGCUGCCGGGAAGAUUGAGGCCAAUGAUCGUGAAAACGAGGAUGAAAAUGCCGAGGAAGAGCACCCGUUCGCGGGGCCCAAGGCUGAUUUCCUGGUCUUUGAAGCACAGAAGGAGAAUCGCUCCAUCUUGAACGGGUUUCAUGCUGCUCUACCUGCGCCCAUACUGCGUAUGUUCCGGUCGGCGGAGAGUGUGGUGACCGAUCUGGUCCCAUACUUGAUCCGCAUGCUGUCACCGGACAUCAAGCCUGUCAUUGUCCGGGCCGGUGGCGAUCAGAGAAGUACAGCCAGCAUCCGCAGGGAGAGCGAGCGAAUACUUGUCCAGUCUGCCGUCCGGGUGAUGUCCGGAAUGGGGGUCACCUUUGAGAAGGUCCGAGUCGAGCACGAAGGUGGGAGUCACGGUGGAUGGGCAUAUCGAAUGGAGCCGUCCCUCGACUCCCUCGUUGCAUUCUCAAAAAUGACUGGCCCUACUUCGUCAGGCAAUGCGCCUGUUCGUUUUGCAGUCCGCCAAGUCCUCGACCAAGAAUACCGCAAGGAAAUCCUCCGCAAGCAAUCCGAUGCCAAAAACGCCGCCAACGGCCGAUCCCUUCAGGGCCAAUCUGCCACGGAGCCACAGCAGCAAGGCGGCCGCGGUGGUGCUCGCAAAGUGAGCGGAAAUGCCGUCAAGCGAGACUUUUUCGGACGGGAGAUUCAAGAGCCCGUCCGCGAGAUCACGGACAUGGAUCGGGACAAUCCGUCGGAUGAAUCCUCCAAGGCUGGUCGGAAAGUGUGGGUGACGUAUCACGAAGGAUUCUCGAAUGCGGUUCGCAAACCCAUUUCUUUGGGCGAACUGUUGGCGGGAUUGUAA